AUGCGAGGUUAUCACCUCCGUAUCGUCCUAAGCGAAUCACAAGAUUCUAUUCCUGUUUCAAUAUUCGGAAAGUUACCUACUCAACCUCCAAAAUCCGUUGUUCGACGAAACGCAACAUUCAAUUCUCAGAACAAGGAUUACAGAUUCGGACCCAUUCGUAUUGAUUGGUUAGACAGGAUGUUGGAGUCAUCUCCUUCGACCUCAACUGCAGUCGGGAAAGAGAAGUACAAUCGGCAGGGCCCUACCGUCGCAACUUUCAUCCCUCAAGAGACAACUUCAGGCUCUUUGAAUCUUCCUGAUGGUGUUGUUCAUGUCUAUCGAGAAAGUGCAAAAAGUGCUGUUGAUGAGAAUGCGUCUCACAGCUCAAGUUUCUCUUCGGUUCUGUCAACCUCGACAAAUGACAAAGAUGAUGUUAUCCUUGGAAUUUUGUCUGUUCCGUCUUGGAUGACUCCUUCCGAUCUCUUGACGUUCGUUGCCCCAGCUGCAGGCGGAAUCUGUCAUCUUCGUAUCAUACGAGAUUCCCUACCGAACCGGACAAUGGCUUUGAUAUCGUUUCCCAAACAAGAAGAUGCUGAUGAAUUCGCGGAGGCUUAUAAUGGAAAACGGUUCAAUUCGCUGGAGCCCGAAUUAUGUACCGUAGUGCAUGUACUUUCAGUGACUAUAGAUGCGGAAGAUAGUGUUACUCAGAGCAUGGGCGUUUUCAAUUCACCUCACGUUUACGAGUUGCCGACCUGUCCUGUUUGCCUCGAACGGAUGGACUCGGCUGUCACUGGACUCAUCACUGUCCCAUGCUCACACACCUUCCAUUGUACGUGUCUGAGCAAAUGGGGUGACAGCAGGUGCCCCGUUUGUCGAUACUCUCAAACACUCCUCUCUUCCCAUCCACACACUUCGUCGUCCUCAUUUCGUCAAACCCCAAUCCCUUUCUCGUCGUCAUCCUCCAAUCUGUCUUCUUGCUCCACCUGUUCCUCUACUGCGAACCUUUGGAUCUGUUUGAUCUGCGGUAACAUUGGAUGUGGUCGCUAUGGUCGUGCCCAUGCUCAAUCCCAUUAUCAACUUACCACUCACCUCUAUGCUCUAGAGCUUGAAACACAACGAGUAUGGGAUUAUGCCGGUGACGGUUACGUACACCGUCUUAUUCAGAAUAGGGCCGAUGGAAAGCUGGUCGAGCUUCCGUCUGCUGCGUCCUCGACGGGAAUGGGAGUCGGACCCGGCAGAGAGGGAGGUUCAAUGGGUCCUAGUGCCGCCGAUGCGUUGACGGCAGAGAAAAUCGAGGCUAUUGGGAUCGAGUAUUCUUACCUUUUGACGUCCCAGUUGGAUUCACAGCGAUCGUACUACGAGGAGCAACAGACGGAGUUGCAGCGCCAAAUUGGCGAACUCCGGGUGUUGAUUGAACGACUGAGUCAAGAUAUCGAGCAAGAGAAACUCGCCAGACGGGACGCGGAGGAGGAAAAGAAGAAAAUGCAGGACUAUCGUGAAUCAGAAAUCGUUAGGGAGAAGAAUAAAGCUGUGAAAAUGACAGAGUUGGCGAAGCAACUUCAGAAAGAGUUGCGAGAGGAACGGGCCGUUAGUGAGGGUUUGAUGCAGAAUUUGGGAAACGUGAAGGAAAAGGCAGAGGCUGGAGAGAAAGAGAAAGAGAAGUUCAAGGAGCAGAUAGCUGAUUUGGAGGACCAGUUGAGGGACAUGAUGUUUUUCCUUGAAGCGAAAGACAAGAUCGAAAAGGGUGAGGGGGUCGUAGGAGAGGCGGCGGGUGGGUCGAUUGAAAUAGCCCCAGCACAGGUCAAAAAAAAGAGCAAGGGAAAGAAGGGGUGA